AUGCCAAAGAAUCGCAAUCGGCAAGGCAAUCGAAUUGCGAUUAGCGAUUUUUGGGGCUCUAAUGAGUAUGCUACACAACAGUCUGCUGUAUCGCGUAACCAACGCCUCCCUGUGCGCCGCCAGGUGCGGCGCCAAGUCGACACCUUUCUUCUACGGCGCGCCUUCAUGCUCCAAAACUUUCAGUUCAUUUUGCGCGCAGACCUGCUGUGUGUGACAGCGGAUCAGGCGCUUCCACAGGGACAGCGGAAACUUAUCGAGUGCCUCCAUUCCUACGACAACCUCGUCCCAUGGGAAGCGGUGCAUUCCGUAGUGAUGCGCACGACACCCGAUGAUUUCGAAUGCCCUAUUUGUAUGAGUACCCCUGUCGCCCCACGAAUCACGGAGUGCGGCCAUCUGUUCUGCUUGCCGUGUAUUAUGCAAUACCUCAGUUUGCGGAAGGCGAGCAAUCACCAGAGGCUGUGCCCCAUAUGUAAUAGCGCAGUUGCCGGCUUCACACUGAGGCCUUGCGUGUUGCAGGUCAUUUGCCCAGUGAAAGUUGGCAACAUCGUCCGGUUUGAUCUCUUUCGAAGGGAGCGUUAUGAAUGUACGCUUCAUCGUUAUGAUGACCCUCGUAUGAUGUCGAGCGGUCUCGUCCAGACCGAAAACAGGGAUGCCAAUAGGACUAAUGUGACUCAAGAUGAAUUGGGGCUACCGAACUAUAUCGCGCCGUACAGCUCGCAGUGUCGAUACGUGCUCGCCACACACGACUAUGAGUCCAGGCAACGCUCAAUGGAUGGGAUCGAGAUUUCCGAUCGCCUCAAGGAAAUGGAUAAGAUAUUGACGCACCCGUUAACCGAAUCCGACGCAACCACGAUGCGCUUCCUCAUUGGAGCCCUCGAUGAGACCAUGAAGCAGCAGAAAGGGCUGUCGCCAUCGCUGGCGCGGGAGUCGCCACCCAUGGCACCACGUCCCUACGGAUCCGGCAACACCCCCCUCAGUCGACCGAAAGAGAAUGACCAUAAGGUGUUUGAGCUGUAUGCGGAGUCUGAUGGGCAGCCGUACUAUCUGCAUAUGAUCACGAUGAAGAUGUUAAGACACGACGCGAAGCUUCGGAAUGCGCCACUGCCUGAGAGUGUCUCGGGGCCCGUUGAUGAAAUCACAUCCUUUGUGCAAGACGAGGAAAUGCGCCGUAUUUACAAGGUCUUCGCUCACGUCCCUUUGCACGCCACCAUUAACCUCUGUCUUUUAGACUUGAGCAAGGUUGUGUGCCCCGAAACGAUGCGUGAGUUUGAGCCGGUUCUCAGCGAAUUAGCGCGUCGGCGGCUUCAGAAGGCGAGUGAUGAAGCACGUGCAAUGGAUGAUGACACCUCAUGGAAUCAAUAUCUGCAGACAUACAUCAAAGAACGUCCGUCAAGUGCGCUUCCAUCGGAUUAUUGCUCACACGAUACAGAUAGCAUACCGUUCCUUCGAUUACCGUCGACUGAAUCUGGCUGGAGCGAUCAUGGCCUUCUACCAAGCACCCUUGACACUCGUCAGAGGGCCACCAAGAAGCAGGAAAGCGAUAAUAUUGCCAGAGCGACUACUGAUGCUUCGGGUGGAUGCACCAGUCUUCGUACAAAUCCUACCUCCAGCCCAGACAGUUUCACUAGCUGUUGGGGCAGCGGAAGUGGAGCAAGGCUCCUUAUUUCCACCCUUAAAACAUUGGGAACAAGCACGAUGCCAACGACCUCGAUAUGCAGCGAGCACGAGCCCUCGUCUGGGGGCAUCGCGGAGCAAAAACAUGAGUAA